AUGGUGUUGCGGGGUUUGAGCGAAGACAGAGGGGCCAAGUCCAUGGCGACCACUCCCAACCGAUUUCACAAUUUCUCCUUGCCCUUCUUGAAGUGGGGGAAGCAACGAAAGAUGAGGUGCGCCACCGCCGAAUCUUCCGUUGGCGGUGAUCGGCGUUCUCCAGGAUCCAACUCCGACGAAUCCACGGCGAAGAUGGAGUUGGAGCCUGCGAGCGACGCAAAACGGCGAUUCGUUGACAUCGACGACGAAGACGACGACGACGACGGUAUUGCGGCGGUGAGGCAGAAGCUGAUACUUGAUCUGAAGACCGAAGCAGAUAGAAUGAAAGAUGCGAUUUUGAGGAACGAAGAAAAAGAAGAAGACGCUGUGGUGCCGUGGAAUCUGAGGAAGAGGAGAGCGAACUGUGCGGCUUCCGUUGCCGCCGCCGGUGAUCGGAAAGGGUUAAAGAUUGAUGAAGAGAAACGGCGUUGCUCGUUGCCGAAAUUGAGAAGCGGUUCCGACACGACGGAAAUGGUGAAGUUGUGUGUUUCGUUAUCGAGGAAAGAGAUUGAGGAAGAUUUCGUGGAGAUAUUGGGCCGGAAGCCGCGGCGGAGGCCCAAUAAGAGGCCCAGAGUUGUGCAGAAGCAAUUAGAUACACUCUUCCCUGGGUUGUGGUUAACGGAGAUUACGGCUGAUUUGUACAAUGUUCUUGAAGCCGCUGAGAAUGGCAAGGCGCAUCACUCUAGGAGGAAGAAAAUAUGUUUGAUUUAG